CUGGCUUCCUGACUGAGUGCAGGGCAGGGACAGCCAUCCAGUCCUCCAAGUGCUUGGCCUCGGCCCGGCCUACGGAGGCCCACAGGAGUCUCUCGUCUGCAUCCAGCCCCUCAGAGCUGCCAUGAGCAGGCCCCAGCCCCCUGGCCCAGGCAGGGCUGCUGUGGAGACCCUCCUGGGCGACCUCAUCAGCUACUACUGGGAGGGAGCAGGGGACGGCCGGCUCAGGGUUUGCAGGCAGGCAGCCCUUACCCACAGGGCCCAGCAGCUCCUGGACAGAGGGGGCCCUCUAGGGCUCCAUCUAUUUGAAGACAUGGGCCCUGCGCUGGGGGGCUGCUCCUGGGGGGACCCCAGCCCUGCCCAGGACGUCUGCCCCAAGCUGGUGAAGGCACUAGAGUUCCUGGAGCUGAUCUCUGUCAACCUGCUUCUGUUUCCCUGGAGGAAGGAAAUCAGGUCCCUGAAGACAUACACUGGGAGCUUUGCCUACUGGGUGCAGCCUGUGCUUUCCAAACACGGUCUGGACACCAUUCUGGGGAGGCUGGGCUACACAGCUACCUCUGAGGCCGAGUUUUUGCUGGCCCAGCCCAUCAGCAAGGAGGAUGCCAAGCAGAUGGUGUUUGAGAUCUUCCUGAUGAGAGUCGCGUCUGAGGCUGUUGUUGGAACUGCGGACAAGCAGGUCUGUGAGCUGGGCAGAGAGAGACUUGCCAGGCCCCUCUGCAGGUGCAGCUCAGAAAGAGGGCUGGGGAAACCUGGCAACCGCAUCAAGGGCACCCAGCCAGGCCCAGGCUUGGGGGGAUCGCCGCAAGGCCCCUCGGAAGUGGCAGGGUCUGACAGGGCUCUGGCCGAGGGCACUGAAGGUCAGCAUUCUCUGCCUAUGCUUCUCAUCCUGCCUGAGGCCUCAACAGCCCCCAAAGGUCCCUGCAACAAUCCUCCGGCCCCCUUGGGCAAACAGUGCCAUGCCAGCACUCGCUCAGAUAGUGAGGAGUUCGUGACCUGCUACAGUGACCUUGCCCUGCACCAGACACCCCUGUUCCACAGGGACCUUCUCCUGAGCAGCCUACAGGGAAACCAACUCCAGGACCCAGCCCUGGCCCCCAGACCACUCUUCGGCAAGGUGGUCGCCCCCUCCAGUAGCACUGGAGAGCAGCCCCUGGUCACCGUCCCCAGUCAGCUCUACCUGACACCAGGACCCCAAUCACCAGAAGCUGAGCUGGAGGAGGCCACCCCUGUAACGGACUCCAUUUCUCCCAGUGCCUCCUCCGAGAUAGACAAGCUCUGUGAGAGUCUCUCCCACCUCUUUAGACCCCCAACGCUAGCAGGUCAUCCGGGGGGCUUCCUGGGCCAUGGGGUUGAAGAGAAAGGACAACCAGAGCAUCACAUGGGGCCAGAGCCAGCUAGAGCACAGACAGUAGGGGAACUGGGCUCUGGAAGUCUUCCCAGGUGCCCUCACAUAUACUAUAGCACCCCAACACUCACUACAUCCCCCCAGGGGGGCUGGAGGCGCCAGUGCCCACUCGAGGAUACCACCCAGGCAACAGCUGAUUGUGCUGCCCCUAGACGGUGCCAGGGCAGACACCCUGACUGAGCAGAUCGUUCCCACAGUGACAUCCAUGGGAAGGUGGCUUCAGGCAGAAGUGGCGGACCUGGGACCAUGGUGAGGGUAGGAGCCGGGGAGGGGAAUGACAUCCAAACCUGUGGCUUGUCAGGCAAAGGAACCAAUCUGCUAACCCCAGCCCUGCUACCUACUGGCUAUGUGACUUUGGACAACUCACUCCACCUCUCUGAGCCUCAGUUUCCUCAUCUGUAUAGUGAGAGGGGUCACACCUACCCCCAGGAGGCUAGGAAGAGUUUGUGAGCUGAGGUGUGAUGGCACCUAUCAGUGCCUGACCCAGGGGGUCCCUGGGAGGCUUCCUGUCCCCUUCACAUUACAGCUUAGCUAUGACCGGCAUCCUUAAGACCCCAUUCAGCUGUCACAGUGUAGAUUAAAAAGAGAUGCUUAGACAACCAGGCUUGUGGCAUUGUACUGCCCAGGGCCCAGACGGCAACUUGGGUGGAGGAUUCCAGGGGGUAGAAGUCUUCUAAACUUUAUUCAUUCUUUUCUGAUCAUUAAAAAUACUAAACUCAUCCCGAAACCAAAACAGAACUUUUGGUCUCCCCUCAAUGCCUACUCCCCCCAACAUUUCCCAUCUGGGGAGUGACUCCACCACCCAUUGACUAGCUGAAGCCCAAAUGUAGAAGUCAUCCUGACUUUUCUGUCUUCUUUCUCAUCCCUCAUUCAAUCCAUAGCUCUGCUUUCACAAGGGAUCCAGAAUCCAACCGCUUUCCUCUUCCUCCCAGUUACCACAGUCAACCUCCCCCAGAUCCUGGAGAAUGCCAGCCUCCUCCUGGUCUCCUAGCUCCACCCCCUUCCCCUGCAGCCUAUGCCCCACCCAGCCACCCAGGGUGCCUGUUGAAACCCAAGUUCCAUCACGACUCUCAUCUGCCCAAUUCCCUCCAGGGCUCCUGUCACACUCAAAAUCCAAAGGCCAUACCCUCACUCACCCUCCAACCUCACCUUAUGUCCCUUUCCUCCUCAGCCACAGCAGCCAAACCACACUAGCUUCUUCUAGGUACUUGAAACCUGUAGCCACAGGGCUUUGAACCUGUUUGUUCCUGCUGAUACUUUGCAUUUUUAAUAAGUUCCCUGCUGAGAAUUUACAUUUCCACCCCAGAUAUAGUGAAUCAGAAUCUACAUUUUAACAAGAUCCCCAUGAGAUUCUUAUGUAUAACUUCCUGGGAACUUGUUAGAAAUGCAAAUUCUCUCCGGGGUUGUUCCAACUGGUAUUUGACAUACUGGCAGCGUAGCUUCCAGUAUCACAGCAAUACACAAGCCACCACAGUAAGACAAACUGACAGGCACGUGAUGAUAUCAUUAACAUCACACGCAAGUAAAAUUUUACUAAGAUCAUUCAAAAACAGUUGCAGUAGUACAUCGGCAGGGAACUGCCAGAAAUACAGCUGGAUUCAGAAGAGGACGUGGAACCAGGGAUAUCAUUACUGAUGUCAGAUGGACCCUGGCUGAAAGCAGAGAAUACCAGAAAGAUGUUUCCCUGUGUUUUAUUGACUCUCCAAAGGCAUUCGACUGUGUGAAUCAUAACAAACUAUGGAUAACACUGCGAAGAAUGGGAAUUCCAGAACACUUAAUUGUGCUCACACAGAAUGUGUACAUAGACCGAGAGGCAGUCGUUCCAACAGAACAGUGGGAUAUUGCAUGGUUUAAAGUCAGGAAAGGUGUGCAUCAGGGUCGUAUCCUUUCACCAUACUUUUUCCAUCUGUGUACUGGGCAAAUAACCCAAGAAGCUGGAUUAUAUUUAGAACAGGGCAUCAGGAUUGAAGGAAGGCUUAUUAACAAACUGCAAUAUGCAGAUUGACACAAGCUUGCUUGCUGAAAGUGAAGAGGACUCGAAGCACUUACUGAUGAAGAUCAAAGACCACAGCCUACAGUCUGGAUUACACCUCAACAUAAACAAAACAAAAAUCCUCACAACUGGACCAAUAAGCAACAUCAUGAUAAAAGGAGAAAAUACUAAAGUUGUCAAGGAUUUCAUUUAACUUGAAUCCACAAUCACUGCCCACAGAAGCAACACUCAAGAAAUCAAACGACAUGUUGCACUGGGCAAAUCUGCUGCAAAAGAGCUCUUUAAAGUGUUAAAAAGCAAAGAUGUGACUUUGAGGACUAAGGUGCACCAGACCCAAGCUGUCGUAUUUUCAAUCACCUAUAUGCCUGUGAAAGCUAUACAAUGAAUAAGGAAGAUAAAAGAAUUGAUGCAUUUGAAUUAUGGUGUUGGUGAAAAAUAUUGAAUAUACCACGGGCUGCCAGAAGAACGAACAAAUCUCUCUUAGCCAUAAUGCUCCUUAGAAGGGAGGAUGGUGAGACUUUGUCUCACGUGCUUUGGACAUGUUAUUAGGAGGGAUCAGUCCCUGAAGAAAGACAUCAUGCUUGCUAAAAAUAGAGGGUCAACGAAAAAGAGGAAGACCCUCAACAAGAUGGACUGACAGUGGGCUCAAACACAGCAACAGUUGUGAGGAUGGUGCAGGACUGGGCAGUGUUUCGUUCUGUUGUACACAGGGUAGCUAUGUGUCGGAGCCGACUCAAUGGCACCUAAUAACACACCGUUCCUUUUCUAUUUCCCCCACUAGAGUACAUAAGCUCGAGAAACCUCUCACUACUAUAUCCAGAAACUGUCAAAUACAUAGAAAAUGUGAAAAAUAUGUUUCCAAUACUUUGCAAUUACAAACGAUGCUGCAAUAAAUAACCUGAUGUAUAUAUUUAUUUUAAUACUGUUGCACGGUAUGUUAGAUCUUAGAAGUGGGAUUGCUGGGUCACAAGGCAAAUGCUUAUGUAGUUUUCUUAGGUUUUACCAAAUUUCCUUCCAGAAGGGUCAUACCAAUUUGCAUUCCCACCAGCAAUGUACAAGAAUGUGUGUCCCCAACGUCUCGCGAACAAAAUGUGUGGUCAUUUUUUUUUUUAAUAUUGCCAGUCUAGUGUAUGAGAAAUAGUAUCUCGGUGUUGUUUUAAUUUGGAUUUUUGAGUGAAUUUGAAUCUAUUUCAUAUAUUUGAGGUCCAUUUUUAUAUUUUUAUGAAUUUUCUGUUCAUGUCUUUUCAUGUUUCUAUUGGUCCUUUAUCACUCAAUUUGUUUAGUUCUUCAUGGUUAUUUAUGAUUUGUUUAUGAUAACCAAAGAAACUAAACCCAUUGCCUUAGAGUCGAUUAUGACUCACGGUGAACCCAUGUGUUAUAGAGGACUGCUCCACAGGGUUUUCUUAGCUGUAAUCUUUAGGGAAGCAGAUUGCCAGGCUUUCUUUCAUGGCACUGAUGGGUGCCCCCAGGCAAGGCAGCACUUCUCAUCCAGAUGAGGGGCUCUGAUGGAAAUGAAAGGAGGCAGAAAGAGAAACUGAAAACUUAAAGCUGGCUGGGGACACCAUUUCUCAGGGUCCACAUCCAUUCAUUCAUGAAUUCAGUUACUCACAUUCAGCAAGGGCCUCCUGAAAACCAAGCUGAUGGGAACAUGGCAGGGAACAAGGACCAGGUCAUCUCUGUCCUCUCAGGAAUGGGCCUAGUGGGAGGCAGGCUGACCCAAGGACAUUACCUACAGGACAGUGAGGGUGUUGUGACGUAGGGGCAGAGAGGAGGGGGCGUGAGGGCCCAGAGAUUUCUGUGACCAGCCUCGGCUACUCCGAUGCAUACAGUGUCUCUCUGAGGUGCCAGAGGGAGAAGAGCAAGCUCUGCUGGACCCAUACAUAACCACACAGGGGGAAACACGGUGUUUAAAAAUAUAAAAACACAUUAUCCUAAUGGCAAAAGGAGGCUAUAGAGAGCUAAAACUACCAGCACAAGAAGCACUUCAAAAUGUACAUCAGGUU